UUCACCGGUCUAGUUUUAUGUCUAAAAUUUAGGAGUUUUAUUGCUGCUUUAUAUUGUUCCAAGCACGUGAAUUUUCAUGCAUGUGCAUCAUAAAUUAGUAAAUUAUAACUUUUUAAUGAUUAUACACGAUAUAAGUAUGUAAUGAUACAUAUUUUUAAAAGCCAAUCUUGUUUUGUGUCAUUCAGUGAAAUAAUUAAUUUUGUUCAAUCCGAAGUGUUAUGGAGUAUUACUUGAUUAAUUUCAUUUCACAAAUAGAUAUUAGAUAUUGAUAAAUUGAUAAAGAUUUAAUAAGUUUACGGAAUCAAUUAAAAUUAUUCUGGUGGACCAAUUUUAUAAGUACGCACAUUAUAAAUGUGCUUGUAGUUUAUAGACAACCAAAUUAGAAGAAGGUUAGAGUUUCACCCGUCAACUCCAGUUUUGUUGUCGUAAACAAAACCAGACAUAGUAAAAAUGUUCGCCUACAGUGAAACAAUUCACCCUGCUACUGGGGUAGAGCAUGCAAUUACCUGCCAUUUUUUCAAUCGAGUUGAAAAAAGUCUUGUUGUGGCUGGUGCUAAUGUUCUUCGUGUUUUUCGAUUAAUUCCUGAUGUUGCCGACUUGCAGAAAAAAGAAAAAUAUUCCGAAUCUCGUCCUCCAAAGAUGAGGCUUGAAUGUCUAGCUCAAUACACAUUGCAUGGAAAUGUUAUGUCGAUGCAAGCAGUUCAAUUAAUAGGCUCAUCAAGAGAUUCGCUACUAUUAAGUUUCAGAGAAGCUAAACUGUCUGUUGUAGAAUAUGAUCCAGAAGUUCAUAGUCUUAGAACAGUAUCAUUGCAUUAUUUUGAAGAAGAAGAAAUUAAGGAUGGCUGGACCAAUCAUCAUCAUGUUCCUAUAGUUAGAGUUGAUCCUGAAGCAAGAUGUGCUGUGAUGUUGAUUUAUGGUCGAAAACUAGUGGUUUUACCCUUUCGCAAAGAUCCUAUUUUGGACGACGGAGAUGUAAUUGAAACUUCUAAAUCAAACAGAACACCAAUCCUAGCUUCUUAUAUGAUUGUACUAAAAACAUUAGAAGAAAAAAUGGAUAAUAUUAUUGAUUUGCAAUUCCUUCAUGGAUAUUAUGAGCCAACAUUAUUGAUUUUAUAUGAGCCAGUAAAAACUUUUCCUGGGCGAAUAGCUGUCAGGCAGGACACUUGUGCAAUGGUGGCAAUAUCAUUGAAUAUUCAACAAAAAGUACAUCCAAUAAUAUGGUCCGUUUCAAAUCUACCAUACGACUGCUAUCAGGCUGUACCAAUAAAAAAACCUUUGGGAGGUACUCUUAUAAUGGCCAACAAUUCACUUAUAUACUUAAAUCAAAGUAUUCCUCCUUAUGGUGUAUCUUUAAACAGUCUUGCUGAUAAUAGUACAAAUUUUCCUCUAAAACCACAAGAAGGUGUAAGAAUUAGCUUAGAAAGUUCUCAGGUUGCAUUUGUCUCUUCUGAUCGUUUAGUGAUAUCCUUAAAAACUGGAGAAUUAUAUGUUUUAUCUCUUUUUGCCGAUAGCAUGAGAUCUGUUCGAGGUUUCCAUUUUGAUAAAGCUGCUGCUAGUGUGUUAACAUCAUGUGUAUGCAAGAUAGAAGAGAAUUAUUUAUUCCUAGGUUCAAGAUUAGGAAAUUCUUUACUAUUAAGAUUUACUGAAAAAGAAACUGAUAAUAUCAAUGAAAUCGCGAUACUUGAAAAAUCUCUAAAUAGUAAUAAUGGAGAAACCCCCUGUAAAAAAAUCAAACAAGAUUUUCUUGAAGAUUGGAUGGCAUCUGAUGUCUUAGAAAUUAAGGAUCCAGAAGAAUUGGAAGUUUAUGGUAAUGAAACACAAGCAUCUAUACAUAUUACAUCUUAUACUUUUGAGGUCUGUGACAGUUUACUAAAUAUUGGACCAUGCGGUAAUAUUUCUAUGGGAGAACCAGCAUUUCUAUCUGAAGAGUUUGCGAAUAGUCAAGAACCAGAUAUUGAAUUAGUAACCACGUCUGGUCAUGGUAAAAAUGGAGCAUUAUGUGUUCUUCAAAGAACUGUUCGACCACAAAUCAUAACUACAUUUGUUUUGUGUGGGUAUGAAAAUAUUUGGUCAGUAGUUGACUCAUCAGUUAAUGAUGGUAGAUCAAAAAGUGAAACAGAAGGAUCGCAUGGGUUUUUACUUUUGACACAAGAAGACUCCACAAUGAUUCUACAAACAGGACAAGAAAUUAAUGAAGUUACAGUACAAAGUGGAUUCAGCAUUCAAGGUACUACUAUAUUUGCUGGAAAUGUUGGUAGUAAUAAAUACAUAGUUCAAGUUACCACAGCAGGUGUGCGUCUUUUACAAGGAUUGGAACUAAUUCAACUUUUACCAAUGGAUUUGGGAUGUCCUAUUGUACACGCUAGUUGUUCCGAUCCUUACAUUGUUCUAUUAUCUGAAGAUGGGCAAGUUGUACUAAUAACUUUUAAAGAAAUCAAAGGGUUGGGAAAAUUACACGCUCAAACUGUAAAUUUAAUGUUUCGCCCGCAAAUAGAGACUCUGUGUGUCUACAGGGACGCAAGUGGUCUUUUCACAACAAAUUUACCUGAAGAAAUAGAUGAAGAGGUCCAAGAGAAUGAAAAACUUGAUGAACCGCAAGUUUUUGACAAUGUUGACAAUGAAGAAGAUUUAUUAUACGGUGAUACAACUGUUUUUCAAAUGCCCGCAUUACCGGCGGCAAAACCUCAAGAACCCACGAAAAAAGCCCCAUGGUGGCAGCAACAUUUGCAAGAAGUGAAACGUACAUUUUGGUUAUUUUUAUACAGAGAUAAUGGCAUCUUAGAAGUUUAUUCGUUACCGGAAUUGCGAUUAUCAUAUUUAAUAAAAAAUUUUGGAUUUGGUCAAUCUAUUCUACAUGAUAGUAUGGAAUUUACAACUCUUAAUUCUCAACCAAAUGAACCAGUCAGUCUUGAAAUGCAGGUUCAAGAAAUGGCGAUGGUAGCUUUGGGCCAUCAUGGAAGCAGACCAAUGUUGAUCAUUCGCAACAAUACUGAAGUACAAAUUUAUCAAGUAUAUCGAUAUUCAAAAGGAUACCUGAAGUUGAGGUUUAAGAAAAUGGAUUGUCACUUUUUAGUUGGAUUUUCAAACAGAUUUAGACCACAAUCCGAACACAUGUCACAGAUGAAUGAGACAAAAUUAUGUAUGAUAAGGUAUUUCAGUAAUAUAGCCGGAUACAAUGGAAUAUUUAUUGGUGGUGAUUAUCCUCACUGGUUAUUCUUAACCGGAAGAGGAGAACUUAGAGCUCAUCCAAUGAAUAUAGAUGGACCUGUAAAGUCUUUUGCUCCUUUCAACAACGUAAAUUGUCCUCAAGGUUUCUUAUAUUUUAACAAAAAAUCAGAACUAAGGUUCUGUGUAUUGCCAACUCAUUUAUCAUAUGACGCUCCAUGGCCUGUCAGGAAAGUUCCACUGCGAUGUACUCCUCAUUUUGUAACAUACCAUCUUGAAAGCAAAACUUAUUGUGUUGUUACGAGCGUGGCUGAACCUCUAAAUAGCUACUAUAAAUUCAAUGGUGAAGAUAAGGAAUUCACUGAAGAAGAAAGAGAUGAAAGGUUUGUUUAUCCAGUACAAGAACAAUUUAGUAUAGUUUUAUUUUCCCCCGUCUCCUGGGAUGCUAUUCCAAAUACAAAAAUUGAUUUAGACCCAUGGGAACAUGUAACCUGCUUGAAAAACGUUUCGUUGGCAUACGAAGGUACAAGAUCAGGUUUAAAAGGAUACAUAGUUGUAGGCACUAACUACAAUUAUGGUGAAGAUAUCACAAGUAGAGGACGGAUUUUUAUUUUUGACAUCAUUGAAGUUGUACCAGAACCUGGUCAACCACUUACAAAAAAUAGAUUUAAACAAAUUUAUGCUAAAGAACAAAAGGGACCUGUUACAGCUAUAACGCAAGUUUGUGGAUUCCUAGUUUCUGCCAUUGGUCAAAAAAUUUAUAUUUGGCAAUUAAAAGAUAAUGAUUUAGUAGGUGUGGCUUUUAUAGAUACUCAAAUUUAUGUAUGUCAAAUGAUAAGUAUCAAGAGUCUGAUUCUUGUUGCUGAUGUUUACAAAUCUGUGAGUUUAUUAAGAUUUCAACAAGAAUAUAAAACGCUUUCUCUUGUCAGUCGUGAUUUUAGAACUACUGAAAUAUAUUCGAUUGAAUAUUUUAUACAAAGCAAUGAGUUGGGAUUUAUAGUAGCAGAUGCAGAAAGUAAUAUUUCUAUAUUCUCAUAUCAACCUGAGUCAUCUCAGAGUCUUGGUGGUCAAAAAUUAAUAAGAAAAGCUGAUAUUCAUUUAGGUCAAAAAAUUAAUACAUUUUUUAGAAUAAAAUGUAGAACCUCUGAUCCAGCUUAUUCUCUUGUAAAAUUUUCUGGUAGCGAAUCUCGUCAUGUAACUAUGUACGCAACUUUGGAUGGAAGUCUUGGAUACAUUCUUCCGAUACCUGAAAAAACAUAUAGGCGAUUUCUUCUCUUACAAAACGCUUUGAUUAGCCACCUUUAUCAUAUAGCUGGUUUAAAUCCUAAGGCAUUCAGGACAUACAAAAGUUAUCUAAGAUCUCAAGGAAAUCCAGCAAGGAACAUCAUAGAUGGAGAUCUUGUGAAAAAAUUCCUUUGUCUGCCUAUUAAUGAAAGGACUGAAAUUGCCAAAAAAAUUGGUGUUGCACGAGUAAAAGAAAUUAUAGAUGAAAUUCAUGAAAUUUAUAAACAAACAUUGCAUUUUUAA